CCAGCACCAUACUUUGACAUUGACCUACCCUACGUAACGACAUAUCGAUAACCCGCAAUUACGUACACUGGUUCCGUGUUGGGCAAAGACUUCCCAACCAUAUACGGACCCAUCAUGUCCUACCCCCAGGCAGUAAGUGUACACGUAGGUGACUCUCAAUUAUCGACGUUUUUGUUUAGUGCGCGCCAACUCGAGUCUAUUUCUCACGUUGGUUUGCCGUCGUCUGUCAUUGGGCCCCUUGGCCCCUCGCGACAAUCUUCGAUCGACAGACCCAACGAGGCGUCCCUUGGGACCGUCGCGUGAGUCCACCUCGCUCAAAGCCUCCAGGAAUAAACGUAUGGCUGGGCUAGUAUAGCCGAAGCCAAUCGCACCUCAUCAUCAAAAGCCUUGAAUGCUCGGUAGAAGCAGAGUUUACAUACCUCCGCGUGGCAAAAGUACAGUAGCGCCAACUCUGUCGACUGCGCAACAGGCAACUUUAUUUGUACGUCAUGGUGGAUAAC